GCUGCGUGCUGACGUCACUGGGAUGACGUCUAAAUCCAGGAAGUGCCUUUGCAAACUUGCUGGUCAGCUGUUCGGAACUUUAUAGCAUCAUAAUCUCGUUGAGAAUGUCUCUAAAACUGGAUAAUAUAUCGUUAUAAAACGUGGAGUCUUCAUUUGUACGACCAUUUUGAUGACACAAUGGAGGAAAAGAAUAAGAAACGUAAAAGUCCAAGGCCGUCUUCCAACCAGCCACCUCCUCCAACCACUACCCGAAAAACAUCAAGCAGCAGCAGUAGACCAUUCGCCAUUCAAUCCAGUCAGAGGAAUAAGUAUCGCAGGGGAGUGAGAGACAAACCCAGGCCUCAGAGUCAGUCGGGUAUGAGUAACCAAUCGACCCACAUCCAGCAUUCAUUUCUCACAGAUGUGUCUGAUGUACAAGAAAUGGAAAACGGUCUGCUCGGUCUCCUCAAUGACUUCCAUUCUGGAAAAUUGCAAGCCUUUGGCAAUGAAUGUUCCAUUGAUCAGAUGGAGCAUGUUCGAGAAAUGCAGGAAACACUGGCCCGCCUUCACUUUGACCUAUAUGGAGAAGUGGAUGAGUUGCCGGAAGAUCAGAAGAAGUCAGCUUAUGACACAAACAUGGAUAAACUGUUACUAAAUCUGGAAGAGUUGAGCUCCUCAAUACAAAAGCUUAACCUUGCUGACAGCCAAGAUCUCCCCAGAACUUCCAACCUAUGAACGCCUGUAAAAAGUCCACUGAGAUACUGUGUGUGCAUAUCCACCCUGGAACAGCUAUAAAGAUACAUCAGUAUUAUAUUAAUGACACUGUGGAAACUAAAAUUCUACAACUGGUCAACCUGGCUUGUUUGCACUGUGUAGUUUUAUUUUAGUUAUAAAUGUGAAAGAACAAAUUCAAAAAGUCAUGAAAAGGCAAACCUGAUUUGAUGUCUUUUUUAUCAGGUAUCAUAUUAUGUCUUACAUGUUUGCUUUUGAGUGGUACAAUAACAGCACCUUUGCAUGAUCACUAAUUCACUUUAACUUUAAACUGAGUUGUUUUCUAAAGCAUGUCUCGUCUUAUGGUAUUUAACAGAAUGACUAAUGCUCAUCCAGAUGCAAAUUCCCUAAGACUAAGACUGCAGAAUGAAAUUAAAACGUAAUGAAAUUUUAUGACAUAUUUACAGAUUUUAUUUUUUAAUGUAAAGUAGUGAAAGUGUAACCUACUGGGUAGUGGUCAAAUUUUUAUUUCAAUAAAUACCUAUCAGUAAAA